AAGAAAUAGUGAACAGAGCUGGGCUUUUUGAGAAGGGUUUCCACCAAAGCCUACUAGUCUCAUCUGACCGUCCAUUUUCAACCCAAGGGUCACAAAUAGUCUGCAGUUAUUUUAUUUUCAUUUAUCAAAGGCACAAGCCAUACCACAGAGAGGGAGAUAAAUACUAGUGUGAGAGAUAACAAAGAAGAAGAAGAAGAAGAAGAAGAAGAGAGAAAGGGAGAGAUUGUGCGUUGUGGUAUGUUGUGUGCGUGAGAGAGUAAGGUGGGCUUGCUAAAAGGACAAGCAACAACUUCUCAUAACACAAACAAAAACCAAGAGUUACCAAAGAGCAACAACAAAGAUAAAUUCUUUAGACAGAGGAGGGAAUUGUUGGUGUAAUCUAUAGGUUUUAACGAUCUGGGAUUUCUUUUCUCUGUAAAGAAUUUGAUUUUGAUUUUGAUUUCUGCUCUUCCUCAGAGAGCAAUAUCAUAUUCUCAUGCAGUUAUCUUAUGAAAUGGAUAAAGAAGAGAAAAGCCAGAGAGUAAAUAAAGCAUUAGAGCCAGAUUUUUUCUUGCAGUGGGGAAAUAAAAAGAGGCUUAGAUGUGUUAGAGUUAGAGACCCUCAAAUCAUUUCACAAAGAUCCGAUGGUGUCUUUCGGAGAAAAAUCACGACAAGAAUUGAUAGACGUGUAAUUUCUUCUACUACAGAUAAAGAAACUUCUCAUCCUCAAUCUAAUCAUCGCCUUACAAGGAAUUCAGAGGCGGCAGCAAUACUCCGAUCAAGUGUAACUGAGAAUAAAAAAUCGGCUUCCCCAGAGAAAGAGGACAGGUAUUACACCACAAGAGGUUCAGUGGUGGGCGUGGGCGUGGACGAGAAUGGGAAGGUUUCAUGGGAUGCUAACAAUGGAGAUGAUAAUAAAGGACAUGUAGUUUGGCCAAAGCUAUAUAUCUCUUUGUCAAGCAAAGAGAAAGAGGAGGAUUUUAUGGCUAUGAAAGGGUGUAAGCUUCCUCAAAGGCCUAAAAAGAGAGCCAAGAUUAUACAAAGAAGCUUGCUAUUAGUGAGUCCUGGAGCAUGGUUGACUGAUAUGUGCCAAGAGAGGUAUGAAGUGAGGGAGAAGAAGAGUUCUAAGAAGAGACCAAGAGGACUGAAAGCCAUGGGAAGCAUGGAAAGUGAUUCAGAAUGAUAGAUGUUUAACAUUGAAGCAGCAGAGGCCUUUUUUUUUUUUUUUUCUAUAAAUUUCUGUUAGAAACUUUUGCAAUUUUUGUUUCGUGAUCGGAUCAUGAAAAUGUGGUGAAAUAGAAGUAUGUUGGGGGGGGGGGGAUAAAAGAGGUAGCAAGAGGCAGCCUCUGCUGUAUUUGUUUGUUUGUUGUAUAGAGCUAAGCUUCAUUUUUAUUAAUGAGAAAAAUAUAUAUAUUUUUUUCUCAAAUCACUAUUAUCUUUUACCAA